UAAAUUGUGAUCAGUCACGCGAUUGAGAUUUUGAUAAAUUCUUCAAAAGCUCAUUUCUACCUCUGCUGUCUCUACGUCACAGAUCUAUAAUUACAUUUCACUUAGUUCGCAGUCGCCCGUCUGUAGGUGUACGUCGCGUUCGCGCGUCAGACGCGCAAACCGGCACGGCGAAACGUUCCCUGAAGACUGAAAGUUAUUGAAAGCUGCUGCUCGUCUCCACCUCCUCGACGUCCUCGCCGCUCGCCGCUCGGUCCGUGACGACCGGACCUCGCGCGCCCCACGACAUUGGAGACACAACAGAACCAACUCUCGGCGUGACAAUGGCCGUGGACCACGAUUAUUACGACGGUUUCCGCACCUUCUCCUGGCUCGCGGACCUCGUCGGAUUACCGAUCGACCAGGUAAAUUUUGUCUUGACGCAAUUCACAGCCCUCAUAUUAGCUACAUUAUUAAGAUCAUCUCUGAGCCCCAUCGCUACUACCCCCGCUGCCAAACAUGUUUAUGGCCUUACUAUCGGCCUUGCUCUUGGAUAUUUUUGCUUUGGCAGGCAAGCAAUCCAUCUUGCUAUUCUUCCUGCAUUAUGUUACGUAGCGAUGCGCAUACAAAAUCCCCACAAUAUGCAGAGGGUUGUCCUCGCAAUUGCGUUAAUCUAUUUAUCGUGCAUUCACUUUCACCGGCAGAUCUACGAUUAUGGCUCGUACACGCUCGACAUCACUGGGCCUCUCAUGGUUAUAACGCAAAAAGUAACUAGUCUAGCGUUCAGUAUUCACGAUGGGCUAACGCGACGCGAAGAGGAGUUAACACCAAUGCAGCGUCAUCAGGCUGUACAGAAGAUGCCAACUACUUUGGAAUACUUUAGCUACAUCUUUCACUUUCAAGCCUUAAUGGCUGGUCCAGUAAUAUUCUACCGUGAUUAUGUCGAUUUCAUACAUGGACAUCACUUGCCUGGUGCUAAAUCUUUAACCGGAUUCUAUGACAAAAAUAGCCAAGAGAAGGAGAUUAUUCUGGAGCCGUCACCGACUCUGGUCGUUGUGAAGAAAGUCGCGGCAAGUUUAGUAUGCGCCAUUAUAUUCAUCACAUUUAUCCCGAUCUUCCCGAUACAGUAUGUAAAAGAUGACGAAUUCCUGGAGAACACAAGUAUAUUUUACAAAAUAUUGUACUUAAUGCUGACGACUAUGCUCGCGCGUUUCAAAUACUAUCACGCGUGGUUGUUCGCUGAUGCCAUAUAUAACAAUUCUGGCCUUGGAUUCAACGGUUAUGAUGAACGAGGCAAAGCCCGCUGGGACUUAGCUUCGAACGUCGACGUUUUUAAGUUUGAGACAUCGCUUAAUCUUAAGGAUAGCAUCGACAGCUGGAACAAGGGCACAAAUUUAUGGCUACGAUCGAUCAUGUACGAACGAGCUGGUCAUAACAAAGUGAUAUAUACGUACGCCUUGUCCGCUUUAUGGCAUGGUUUUUAUCCUGGCUAUUAUCUCACAUUCGCAAGCGGAGCGUUCUUCACUGUAGCGGCACGUUCGAUCCGUCGCUACGUCCGGCCGAUGUUCCUGGAAUCUCAACGAAAGAAGAUUUUUUAUGAUGUCUUAACGUUGAUUAUAACGAGAAUUCUAAUGGCCUACAUGACAUUCAGCUUUAUAUUAUUAGAAUUUGUACCAAGCAUCAAAGUGUACCUGUAUUUGUACCUGCUCCCGCAUUUAUUGGGUUUGAUCGCGAUAUUACUUCCACCCCGUCUAGGGCUGUCACGGAAAACGCACAAACAAUCAACCGUGAAGGACAAAACUAAUCUCGCCGAAGCAGUCAGCAAUGGAAACGCACACAAAACAAUGUAGUCUUCUGGUCGCAACGUUAGGAAAGACAGAUAUUUUUUA